AUGGCAUCAACCCGCACCAUCGCAUUCAUCGGAUGCGGAAACAUGGGUUCCGCCAUCCUCGGCGGUAUUUUGGACGCAACUCGCGAAGAACACAAAGCUGGAGGAAAGCCUACGAUCUCUCGCUUCAUUGUGUCCACGAAGAGCGCAGCAUCAGCAGAGCGUCUGCAGUCGACUUUCGAGGCGGACAAGGACCGCUUGGUUGUCGGAUAUGGACAGAACCUACGCGCCUGUAAAGGAGCAGGCAUCAUUAUGCUGGCGUGCAAGCCGUUUCUGGCGGCAGAAAUCCUCUCAGAGAAAGGUAUCUCGCAAGCUCUGGAGGGAAAAUUAGUGAUCAGCAUUAUGGCUGGAAAGAACCCUACAGAGAUCCACAAGUUCAUCUACCCUUUCGGCCGACCUAGCAACAGUUUUUUCGAUGGCGAUUUCAAGGCACCGAUCAUCGUCCGAGCCAUGCCCAACGUCGCCGCACGGAUCCGCCAGUCCCUGACCAUCAUCGAGGAGAACCCCGACCUACCAGAGCAUCUGUCCGAGACGGUGACGUGGAUGUUCUCGCAGAUCGGAACCGUCAAGUAUCUGCCCUCGGACUUAUUUGAUGCUGGAGGGCACCUGGCGGGCGCGUCGAUGGCGAUUUUCACCGUCCCGUUGGAUGGGAUCUUGGAUGGCUGUGUGGCAGAGGGAAUCCGCCGGGCAGAAGCGUUGGAGAUGGCGGCGCAGGUUCUUACGGGGAUGGCGGGACUGCUGAGGGAAGGGGAUCACCCGGCGUUGAUGCGAGAGAGUAUUUCAUCGCCUCGGGGAGUUACGAUUCAAAGCUUGUUGACCCUGGAGAGGCAGGGGGUGAGGGGAGCGUUUGCGGACUCGAUGAUCAACGGGGUGAAGCCUUUGAAGGGUGAGAAAUAG